AUGUCUAAGGAUGACUGUAAAGUGGGGUGUAAGCAUAAGGAACGGAAACCCAAAAAGCCGCACUACAUCCCUCGACCGUGGGGCAAACCCUACAACUACAAAUGCUUCCAAUGCCCUUUCACCUGCAUGGAAAAAUCCCACCUGUACAACCACAUGAAGUACAGCUUGUGCAAAAACUCCUUGUCGUUGCUCAUCGAGUCCGACUGGCCUUAUAAAAAGGGCAGUCCGCUUUAUCCAGACCAGCUCCGGCUCCAGCAGGGAGGUCUACGCUCCCGCAGCCCCGGUAAGAGUCACUCCGAUCGGGCUGAGAUGUCGGACGAGCCCCCUCAUUCGGCAACAAGCCUGGAGGUCGGUGUGAACAAAGAUAGAGAGGAAGUAGAAAUGGAGAGGGAAGCAGAGAAAGACGAAGACGUGGCCGAGACAAAUGGGCUGGCGGUUUUGGGUCCAGAGCCUGCGGAGACAAGAGGAGGAACCAAACGAUCCAAGCAAGAAGCAGAACUCUUGAUGGCGGAUGUGUUCUCACUGGAAGAGCAACUCUUGCGAGCACGCUCGGUUGAAGUAGAAUCAAAAUUGCGACAUUAUAGACUCUCGAAGACGUGCCUUUCUGGGCCGGCGGCCUUGCUUUCGGAACAAUGGCGCAUCCUUAGCAACCAUACGUCCAGUGCUAAACCCAGGUCUGACUCUGUGCCCUCUUCUUUACCUUGUUAUCCCACACCAGCGUCAACGGGGCAAUAUGAAUGCUCUGACUCUCCUGGUUUCAAUCUAUCUUUGCUUGGUGUUGGAUACCCGUUGGCACCCGGACUCCUUUCGUAUCUAAACCCAGCACUGAGCAUACCAACAUCAGCAAGUGCCGUGGCCACAACUGCACAUGCUCAGAUCUCCCCGCUACCUUUUUUGGCAUCAACCGGACAGCUCGCUCAUGCACAGAGACACUCUGAGCGAUCUUUACUUCCGCCUCACCUGUAUUACCCUUUUCUUUGUGAACACACCUUUGGAGCUACGCCCUCCUCAACCCCAGCGUCCUCUGAGACAGUUAAACUCAUCAAACCGUCCACAAUGAGUCUACCACCCCCUUCGUACCUUCCUAAACUAAACUCGUGGAAGGUCCCGGCUCUUCGGCCCACGUCCAGUCAAACCUCACCUGCAGCUUGGGUGUCUCCUACAUGUUCUUCUCCAGAACCGAGUCAUGGCGGAAAAGAAAGGCUCCGAUCGAGGGAAGGGAAGGCUGGCUGGACGCAGGAAACUCCAUUCAUCAGAGAGCAAAGUUUGAAGAGGACAGCGGCAUCAUUGGGCACCCAUGGUGCGCCAGUGGAGAAGAAACCUGCACUGGAGUUUCCCCUUGAGACCCUGAAAAAUGCUCACAAAUCCACUUCAAUUGCUGCCAUGGUGACCAGACGCCCACUACACAACAGUGAUCCCACCUCCCCGCUGCAUAUGUCUGAACCACUGGAGGCGAGACAGAGAGGAAUGGAGAGAGACACGGACCCGGCAGCUGCUCUCCUACAGGAUUUCUCCACCUUACUGCAGGAGUACCAGAGCACAGAGCAGCGCGCCGCAGCAGUCCCUGAGCAGAGCCACCUGUGGGCACACCUGGGCAAAAUCCGUUCGGCGCUUUCACACAUACAACAGGCACUGGAGCAGACCGCUCGAUCUAAUGAUGGACCGCUUGAUUUAUCCAUCAAAAAAGCUUCAAACACAAACGCGCCAGGAGACGCCACCAUGAGAGGCGUUUUAGGAGAAACAAAAGAACUGGUUGAUGAAAACUGCUCAGAUACAGAAGAGGAGGAAGAUGAUGAUGAUAAAGACGACAGAGAAACAGUAGAGCGCAGAAGCAGUUUUAAAGAACAACGGAAGUGUUCUCUAGAUGCGCUGAUGAAGCUGAAUCAGUCUGUAGUGAAUACAGAGGUACUGACUAACAGAAGGUUGGCGUUACGGGGAGGAGCCGCUGAAGCUCUGUGGCACAGCAGAACUACCAAAUGUGAAGCCGACUCAAGCGUUCUUCUGUGCUCCAAAACACCCAACAUACCUCCGUCCAUACAACACCUGGACACUCUGUGUCCAACCAGCCCAUUAACAGCCACCGAUACAAUGGUGUAG